GCGGGGUGCGCCUUCCAGGAGGGGUGCCCAGUGAGGGGGGAAGACGGGGGACAGCGCCCCGGACCCGACGCGCUCCCGAAUCCGGCCGUGGGGCCCGUCGCUGGGCCUCGGGCGGCCGGCGGCGGCAGCGGCGGCGGGGGGUCCCGGGACCGGGAGGGAGAAGGCAGGGGUCCGGGGAGGGGAAGAGGUGCCGAGGCGGGACGGCGGGCCCGGGUCCCGCCGUGCACGCGUAGCUGGGCGCCUGCUCCCGAGGAGGUGCGGGUCGCGGCCUCCCCGAUGGCCCUCUCUCCUCGCGCAGGGCCACCGACCUCCACCCCGCCGGCCCGGGCGCCAGACGCCCCUCCUUCCCCUCCCCCACCCCGGGGCUGCGGCUCUGACAGGGCCCGCGAGCCGGUGGCCCGUAGCCUCCGACCAGUGGCCCGACCCCCGCUUCUGUGCCCCGUUUCCCCGUGUGCCCCGCACCCCCGGGUCGGAAGUCAGUUCCCCCCGGUUUUCGUCACCUCAGCCUUCCUGGCGGGCGCGGGAGAUCGUGCUCGCUGUUAUCUCCCGCCUCCUCCGCCGGCCCGCGCCCUGAGGGCCACCCCUCCGACCCCUCGGGAUUUCCAGGGUUCCCCCCAACCCAAUCCCGCCAAAUGCAGGGCCCCCUCAUCGGGCCAGGCUCUGCUGGGACGUCCAACCAAAAAUGUUCAGUUUCUCCUUUUUUCCCUUUACCCAGUGACUCAGUCUCAAGGCCUGGAGUCGGAGGGAGGAAGAAAGGCACUUUUUAAUACAAAACCCUGAAUUUGUCCAAAUUGAGACGGUCUUGAAGAAUUUGGGAAGCAGAUUUGAGAAGUGAAGAAUCAGUUAUCUUUUUUCCCCGCGCUCCUGAGGAACCAGUCUUUUAUUCCACCUCUUGGGUGGAAUGGAAGGCACUCAGAUAAACGCUGACUUUUUUAUCCUCUUUGUUGCUGUCUCCUAAAAGAGAUCCAGAUGCAUUCAUUUUACCUCAGAAAUGACCAAGAAUUUUAGAAAUUAGCAACUUGAUAUUGUAUAUUUGGUCAUCACUGAAAAGUGCCCCUUUCUUUAGAAAAGGAAUGUAGAAAACUCAAAAAAUAUUUUAACAGGUUAAGUCUGUUUCUAGAAAACCCUGAAUCUUGAGCCCCUCUGUGAAAUUCUGAAGCUUGGUGGCUCUAAGAAGGGGUAUUUUUGGUUGCUUAUUUCCAGUUGUCUUUACUACCUUGCCCCUCACGAGAAUAUUUGCUGGUCCCUGGAUUUUUUUUCCAUAUUUACAAAUUUGAGGAAAUGAAAUUAAAAAUCUGUUGCAUUCCAUUACUUCUGAAAGUAGGCUUUUCUAAAAUUUUCUCUCGGGGAUUAUGGCUGAUUUGUAGUUGAUGGCGGCAGGCCUUGGGGCUCUCUUAAAUUUUUAAGGACUUGCCAUGCCUAAUUAGUGUUGGGCACAUGCUGGUUAUCUUAUAGGUAUUGGAGAUUGUAGAACUUGAUUAUUUAGCAUUGGGAUAGUGGGAAAGAUUUUUAAUUCCAAGCACUGUAAUCUUUUUAACUACUGUAAUAUGACACGUCACAUCUACAUUGGAAGGUCAAAUGGAAGGUCAAACUUUGUACGGUUAACUAUCAUACCACUUUCUCGUGAUUGGAUUGUUGAGUGGGUAACUAAGGUUUUAAGAAUGUUAUCAACUCUGAGGUAGACAUUAGUAUUUCCAUUUUAAAGAAACUGAAAGACUAAUUCAGCGUUCUAGGUUACAAAACUAGUCAAAAGGCUGAGCAAGGAUUUUCAUUUGAAGUCGGAUAUGAUUCCUAGGGAAAGUAUAUAAUAAUCUGAAAUGCAUAGGUCUGUGUAGAAUGCAUUUUGUUACUUUUAAAAUGUUCGUGAUUUACAGUAUAAAGAAUAUGAAGGGAUUUGGCUUACAAAAAUAAUAUGGUGAAAAUAAGUUUUAUUUAUUAAACUGUAAGUGACAGGGACUCUUCCAUACAUUUAAUCCAGUUUGGCUGGUUUUCUUACCUGCAUUUUAUAAAUGAGGAAGCUUGCUUAGUUUUUUGUUUGUUUGUUGUUAGUUUUUUGUACCUGAGAUGCUCAAGAUUUAAACCCCAGGGUAUUCUUUACUCCCCUUUCCUUCAUCAUCCACAUCUAAUACAGGACAUCCCCAACCUCUGUUGACUUUAUCCUUCUAAAAAGAUCUCAGAUCUAUCCAGUUAUCUUUAUUUCCGCUGUGGCCAUCCGAGUCUCAGGUACCCAACUCUCUGAACUCCUGUGAUAGGCACCGCCAACUAGCCUCCCUGCUUUCACUUGAAUCUUCCUACUAUCCAUUUUCCACAGUUGCCCAUCUUUUUUUUUUUUUUUGAUGUAAACCAAAUGUCUCUACUUAGAACCCCUCAAAGGCUCUUUUUUACACUAAAUAAAAGCCAGUAUACCCUAAAAAUCCUAUAGAGCAUACUGUACCUCUCCAACUUUCAUUUUCAAGCAAUUCUUCCCCUAGCUCACAAAGUCACAGCCCUGCAGGCCUUCCUCUUCCUUGAAAGCUCAACACUUGUCCUUCCAGUGUCCACCUCUGUCUGGUUUUUCACAAGGCUUUCAGAUGUCAGGAUUUCACCUCCAAAUGAUUUUGCAUGACUAGUUUCUUUUCUACUCCACACCCUGUCACUAAAGAGGCAUUGGAUAAAUGAAUGAAGUGGCAGAACUAGACUCUUAACCCUCAUCUAUCUGAGUCAAGAGAUCACAGAACCGUGUGAUACUUUUUUUUCCUUCCAGGGUAAUAUCAGAUCAAUUACAUUUCGCAAAUUGUUUAGGGGCAUUUGGCUUGGUCAUGGGGAAGCACUGAACUAGUUAAAAAACAUGGAAUUAGCUUUUUACAGUCUUUCAGCUUCCUUUUUUAAAUAAAAGAUGGUAUUCAGUUUAUUUUGCAGUAUAAACUUCACACUCUAAAUCUACAACCAGCAUCCAGAUUUUGGAACCAAUGAAAGGAACCAAAGUUCCUUGGAGAAAUAACAGAUUUUCUGGCUGGAACAGGAAAAAUACAAGAUGAUCGUGGAGCAUCUUGUUUAGUGCCAAAAAGUUGUAAAGAAGAAAGUUCCACUGUCUCUGUCAAAAUGAAGUGUGAUUUUAACUAUAACCAUGUUCAUUCUGGAAUUAAACCGGUAAAGCCUGAUGACAGUAGAAGACAAGGUUCCUACACUACUGCGAAUUUGGAAGGUUCUUAUAAAGACUUCAUUAAAGACUAUGAAAGGUUAUCAGAUAUUGGGUCACCGAUUGUGAGCCCCAGGAUUGUAGAACUUGAAACUGAGAGUAAGCCCUUGCAUAAUAAGGAAAAUCUACAUGUACAGCAAACACUUAAUAGUUCAAAUGACAUAGAAGAACUAGAGACCAGCGGACCUUAUGAAGACAGUGGCUACUCUUCAUUUUCCCAGCAAAGUGGCCUCAAUGAACAUGAAGACAGUAGCCUUCCCCUGGUGGAAAAUUUCAGUGACAGUCCACAAUCUUGCCUGCUACGGACACAAAGCCCAGACCAAUAUCCCAACAAAAACUUGCUGCCGGCUCUUCAUUUUGAAAAAGUGGUUUGUUCAACAUUAAAAAAAAAUUGUAAACGAAAUCCUAAAAUAGAUUGGGAGAAGCUCAAGGAAUUUAUAUCCAGUGGAAAUUUUAGACUACAGAAUAUAAUUGGCAGGAAAAUGGGCCUAGACUGUGUAGAUAUUCUCAGUGAACUCUUUCGAAGGGGACUCAAACAUCUCUUAGGAAAUAUUUUGACACAGCUCAGUGAUAUGGACUUAAUCAAUGUGUCUAAAGUGAGCACAACUUGGAAGAAGAUUCUAGAAGAUGAUAAGGGGGCAUUGCAAUUGUACAAUAAAGCAAUACAAAGAAUUACCGAAAAGAACAUUAAGUUUUCACCACACGCUUCAACCAGAGACUAUGUUUUAUUCAGAACCCCAUUAGUAUCUGUGCAAAAGUCAGCCACCCAGACUCUCCCCAAAAAAGAAGCUCGAACCAAGUUACCUGAUCCAGGUGAUCAGAAAGGUUCUACUUACAGUCGACAUAGUGAAUUCUCUGAGGCUGCCAGAACUUUGAAAAAGAAUGAGAGCCUCAAAGCCUGUAUUCGCUGUAAUUCACCUGCAAAAUACGAUUGUUAUUUACAACGGGCGACCUGUAAAGGAGAAGGCUGUGGAUUUGAUUAUUGCACAAGGUGCCUGUGUAAUUAUCAUACCACUGAAGACUGUUCAAAUGGCAAGCCCCUAAAAGCCAGUUAUAAAAUGGGUCCUUUGCCUGGUACUAAGAAAAGCAAGAAGAAUUUACGACGACUGUGAUCUCUUAAUAAAUCAGUUGUAAGUGAUCUUGAAGGUUAGUUAGAAAAUGUUAGGUUUUAACU